AUGUCCGCAGUGAUCGAUAUACCGAAUGACGCAGCAGCAGCAGCAGCAGCAACAACAACAACAACAGUAGCAGCGGUGGUGGUGGUGGUGGUGGUGGUGGUGGUGGUGGUGGUGAUGGUGAGACAACAGUGCCGUGACGGAGAGGAAAACGUUCGCGAAUAUUCGCCGACGUUCCGGAAGCACAUAGGAAUCGAUCGCGUUCCUGCUAGGCAUGUUGGCGGAUCGCCAACUCAGCUUCACAUCGCCGACAUCGGUACUGCCACGGCGGCACUGAAGCUUCAUCACAUGACAAGUUUUGGAAAUAAGUUUCUGUUAAACUCCCAAGUAAUGGAAGAUGAGAAGAGAGAACGAGAGGGAGAGAGAGAGAGGGGAGGAGGAGGAGGAGGAGGAGAAGAUUUGAAUGUGAAGGAAGAGUGGCCUUGA